AUGACAUAUCAAUAUUUUAAUAAAUUACAAAGUAUAAUAAAUGAAUAUUCAUCGACUACAUCAUUGGUUUUUGCUGUUAUUAAAUGUUUAUGUUCUUCAUAUUCUAUUGAAAUAAUAAAAAAAUUCGAACAUAAUUUUUCCCAAAAACUCAAUUAUGGUCACAUACUUAUCCUUAUUACAUGCCCAUUAUAUCUCAAAUGGUAUCCAUCUUAUUAUGACGCGGAACUUUUUCGUCAAAUACCACGAAUAUUAUUAAGUCCAUUUGCUCAAUGGCUGAUAAGUUGUCAUUCGAAUUCAAUUAUUCAUUGUUCUAAGGAUUUUGAAAAUAUCCUACGUCGUUUAAAUAGUGCUGUUGUUCGUCUUAUCGAAUGGGAAAAUGUCAAUAUUUCAAAUCAAGAAUUUUAUAAUGAUUAUUGCAGAUUAGUUUCUAAAUGGUCAUCAUUGUUAUCAGUGAUACUUAAGUAUUCAUCGGAUGAUUCGAAUACUAUAUCAAUAAAAAAAAUUAUCGUUCAUAAUUUGUACGAUUUUACAUUACAUACAAAUGUACUAGAUUUUAUGAAAACUAUACCAAAUUUAAUUCCAAUGCUACUUCAAAUGACCGAUGUUGAAGAAGAUGCAACACAAUUGCAUACUUAUCGUUGUUUGGGUAAAUUGAUGAGUGAAAUAGAUAUUAAAACUAUGGCAAAUCCGAAUUUUGUUCAACAUGAUCAAGUCAAAGUUGAAUUAAUAAAACAAAAUGCACUUCAAUUACUUAUACGAUGUAUAAUUGAAAUUGAAUUUGAUCCAAUUAAAGUCAAACCAAUAGUUCUCGAAAUUCUUCUUGCACUUUCAUUUAAUAAUGAUGCUUUAUCAACUUUAAGACAAAAUAUAAAUUUUAUGUUAACAAUUCGAAAUCUUGUCAAUAGUACCAAUUCGAAUAAAUCAAAUUUACAACGAGCUGCUGAAGCUCUUCUUUGGAAAUUAGAAAAAGAAGCUGAAGCUGUUGCUAAAUUAACUAAUUCAAAAUCAUAUAAAUACGAUAUUAUGAUAAGUUAUUCACAUAGUGACCGACAAUUAUGUUAUCAAAUUCAUGAACGACUUAUUCAAGAUGGAUUUAGCGUUUGGAUCGAUCGUGAUAAUAUGUAUGGAACUACAAUGAUGGCUAUGGCAGAAGCUAUUGAAAAUUCUGAAUUUAUUCUCAUAUAUAUGUCAGAUACAUAUAAACAAAGUGUCUAUUGUCAAUCGGAAGCACAUUAUGCAUUUGAACGACGCUGCCAUUUGAUACCACUUAUUAUGAAACCUUGUUAUAAGCCUGAUGGAUGGCUCGGUAUUAUGAAAGAUGUUUCUAAUAGUGAUGACAUUGAAAAUGAAGUAUUUCAAAAUGGACGCAAGAGUGAAUUACCUGAUUGCAUUACUCAAUGGACUAAUAAACAUGUUCAAUCAUUUUUUCUAACAAACGGACUUGAUAAUACUAUGCUUCUUCUAUGUUUACGACUGGAUGGUCAUCGACUUUUACAGUUCUAUGAAAUUUGUAUGAUCAAUCGUGAAUCAAUGUAUCAAUCAUUGAAAAGUGAAUUAGCCAAUGUACAUCAGAAAACGUUAACAAUUAGUGAUUAUGUUACUUUUCUUCAUGAAAUUCAACGUUAUAUUCCAUUAACACGUACCAUUUCUCAACCUGCAUCAUUAUCUUUACCUUCUUCUACAGUUUGA